AUGAACAGCACCAUUCCAAUGGAUCAGUUUUAUGACACAUUCAUCAAGAACUUCAUCAGUGUAGUCCUCGACCUAAUCAUCAACUAUAUCAAUGGGACAUUUGUGCUUGUCUUCUUCAAAAAUACUAUUUUCUAUAGUGACCCAAGAUACAUUUUAUACACCCAUUUGGUAAUCAAUGACAUAAUAAUGCUGUCCAUUUCCGUGGGCUUACAAGUCACAAUAUAUGUUGUGGGUACCUUCAGUCUCUCAGUUUGCUGUGUUUUGCUAUUUGUUGCCGUUAUAGUCACCAAGAACUCUCCACUAAAUCUGGCCUGCAUGUCCAUAGAGCGAUACAUUGCCAUUUGCAAGCCAUUACAUCACCCGCAAAUAUGUACAGUUCGCAGGACCUACGUGCUCAUCUGGUUCAGGACUCUGUCAGCAGUGCCAGCUUUCAGUGAUAUAUUCAUCACAUUAUCAACUCGACCGGCAAGCUUUUUCUCUACUGCCAUUUUAUGUCACAGGGUGUUCAUUUACAACACCUGGCAACACGCAGUCAAUGAUACUGUGUCGAAUGUUGUGUAUUUGUUAUUUGUGUGGACUACGCUGAUCGUCACCUACUUCAAGGUUCUUUCUGCAGCAAACGCUGCUAGUACAGAUCGAGUGUCUGCUAGAAAGGCCCGGAACACGAUACUGCUGCACGGAGGUCAGCUUUUACUGUGUAUGAUGUCCUACAUCACCCCACUCAUCAGUACAGCACUUAUAGAUAUUUUUCCUCGGAGUCGAUCAACCAUUCUGUUUAUUCUUUUUUUGUUGUCAAAUAUUCUACCAAGGUUACUAAGCCCAUUGAUCUACGGGUUAAGAGAUAAACAAUUUGCUGAGCGUGUUAAAGUGUAUUUUUGUUGCAAACAAAUAAAGACACAGAUAAUACCAGUGAACUAA